AUGGACCCAUGCUUUAUGGAAGCUGAUAAUGAAAUGGCCGCUAAAGCAGAAGCAGACGAGCUUGUUGGAGACCAAGCUGACUAUGUUGACAUGUCACAACAUGGGUUAACGUACCAAUUGAACGUUAGGGAUGCAAUUGCUACUGCUAUGUGGCAAAAUCAUUUAUCAAACAAUUUCAUUUAUUACUUAUAUCUGAAUGUAAUACAUCUCCUCGAUGGCAUUAUUGCUUUUGCAGCUGGUUUUAAGGGUGAAGAUGGUUAUUCUGAUACACCAACGAAACAUGAUACACCAACGAAACAUGACAUCAAUGCCGGGUAUUCAAGGGGAAAUGCUGUGACCUUCGCAAGCAGAGUAGAACCACAAUUGCGCAAAUGUGAGACAGACAUAGGGGCAGUACAGCCAUUACUUGUCACCCCAAAGGUUCCCGAAGCAUCGGUUGAUGAAGAAGUGUUUUCAAAAGCAUGUGGCACUCAGCCCAAUGUCUUCACUGCCAAAGAAAUAAAUUCAUGCAUUGUGGCUUCAGAAAGUACACGUGUUGUUUGUUCUGUCAUAAUAGCACUGUUGGUGGUUCUGUCUUAUACUAAUCUUCCUCAUAACAUAGUCAAGUCGCAGAGCACCAUAGCGUCGAGGCCUCUUUAUAUACUCCUACUGACUGAUGUAACAAUUGUGCUUCUACGACUGUUAGGGAAGCGAAGAGAUUCUGAGAAGAUUGAGGAAGAAGGAAAAGUUGGUAUGCUGGAAGACGAGGAAAAUUGGAAAGGAGCAGUUAAGAUUUUGGAAAUGAGUUUGGUAUUCUACCAAACAAUACGCGCUGUUUUCAUAGAUUGCAGUUUCUAUGUGGUAGUUGUCAUCUGUGGCCUUUCUCUGGUUUAGCUUUUGUUGUGGUUAUGAUCACUGGCAGCUUCUUUGGUCUCUCCAGUGUCUAGUCAUGACAGCUAAUUCCAAUGAGAAACUCUUUUUUUAUUCUUAUUGACUCAGUUGGUUUUCCCUGUUUAUGUCCCUAUAUGGAAUCACUGGGAAAAAAACACUCCUGUUUUUCGUUUUUAUUUUCUUUUUUGCUCUACUGAUGUAAUCAUGUUUGCCUCUUAAUGAGUUGCUUCCACUGUUGUUUAUAUCUACUUAUGUUUUGACUUCUAAGUUGACUUCA